AUGAGCUCCUACUCCAGCCUGCGUCUCACGCCCUCGAAUUCGCCGUACAUCCCUUUCGCACGAUCACCCACUCCACGAUCACCGACCAAGUCCGGACGCCAGGAAGAGCCCGGAUUGCAGCUGCAAAAGGUCAUUGGAACAACCACCGCCUCGGCCAAUGCCUUUGACUGUCUCCCCGCAGCCGGCAAGUUUGCCUUCACGGCGGGCUCGGCGGCAGUGCUGGCAACAGUGAAUGAUGAGCUGGAUGUAAUACAGCAUUUCUUUCGCGCAAAUCCCAGCUCGGCGGCACGGGACACGGCCAAUGGAUGGCCAAUUACGCCCACGCCGGGUGAUUCUCGAAACAGAGCGCUCGGGCAUGUCAAAGACCAGACAUACUCCACUUCUCCCAACAAUGCGGCGUCUGUUCGAGAUUGGUCAGAGUCGAACAGGUCUCUCACGGCCAAGGACCGUGUCAAAGCAGCCACAUCGGUCGCAAUCAGUCCCAAUGGGAAGUGGAUUGCCCUUGGUGAGACUGGAUACAGGCCAAGGAUUUUGCUAUUUUCUGCCAGAGAUGGCUCCUCGGAAACCCCAGCUUCUACUGUGGCGGAGCAUACAUUUGGGGUCCACGCUCUCAGCUUCAGUCCUGAUAGCUCAAGGCUGGCUUCUCUGGGGACUGUCAACGAUGGAUUUUUGUAUGUGUGGAGCGUAGACGCAGGAGGGGCGAUGAACCUGUUUGCGAGCAACAAAUGCACGACGCUGAUACAUGCCAUGUCUUGGAUGGGCAAGAGCGUCGUCACCGCCGGGCUUCGCUUCGUCAAAGUCUGGCGUCCUGACGAAGAUUCAAUCUUGGAGCCACGCGAUAACAGUCGCAGUACUUUAAUAACCCCGCGCCCAAAGCUGGAGGGAAGAAAUUCUGAUUAUGGCAACAGCAUUCUCACUCCCAAGCAUCGUGUUCUAGCAGGGAAGAACAGCUUGCUUGGAGAUUUACUGGACGCUACGUUUAUCUCGGUCGUUCCAAUCUCCGAGACGAAAGCUCUUGUCAGUGCAGAAAGUGGCGAGGUUUGCUUGCUUGACGAUAGCGAUCGGAUGCAAGUUAUGACGCUUGCAAUCCAUGCGGGCAUGCGCAUCACCUCCGCUCGUGUGGACGACAAGGGCGUGUUUCAUGCAGUCGGCCCUGAUUGCCAAACUGCAUCGUUUCUCGUGUCUGAACUCGAGAAAUGUGUGCCUGCGAGACCCACGAGUCGCCGACAGUCGGGGACAACCAGUAAGCUUUCCACGUAUGGUGGUACCACAGUCGUGGCAAUCGCCACUGUUGGCACCGCAAUUGUCGAGAUCAAUUCGGAUCGUGGUAUCAGGUUAUCAAAGCCUGACCCGGAUACAAGCGUGGAUGGAAGCAUGCAGCGCCGUCGACUCCCCGCUCAUGGAGACGCGGUCCUGGGCGUGCGGACGAUAGAAUCCUCUACGUUGCCCAGAGCCGCCUUUUUUACAUUCUCUGGCAAUGGCACAGUGCAUUUCUGGGAUAUGGAUGGGGUAUCGGUUGGUGGAAUCGCCGUACCCAUUGAUAACGCCCCUGAAAUGUACGGGAUCCCGAACGAGCUCACAGCCUUGGCGACUAUCGGCGAUGGGACGCUUCUCAUAGCAGGCGACAAGUACGGAAUGGUUUCUCUGGUGGAGAUAAGCACAAGAGUCGUCGUACAGCAAGUUCGUGCGCAUGCUGCCGAGAUACUGGACUUGUUGGCAUUCGAGCGCGAAGGCGCUCAGUUCUUGGCCUCCGCCAGCAGGGAUCGGACGGUGCAGCUCUUCACAUGUCGGAACAAACGGCUGAAGCUCUUACAGACCAUGGACGAACACGCAGGUGCUGUGACAUCUCUUCUUUUGGCGCAGAAUGGAACCCAGUUGCUUUCAUGCUCGGCCGAUCGUACAGUCGUCGUCAGAGAUUCCGUGUUCAGGGAUCAUCUGGACCCAUCCACCUUAGCUUUUGGCAUGUUGCGGUGCAUCACGCUAAAGUCCGCGCCCACCAGUAUGUGCUUGGCCGCCCAGCCCGACUCGAUACUGGUGUCCACGCUGGAUCGCUGCAUUGUGAAAUACAGUACCAAGAGUGGGCAGCCAGGCUUCAGCUUCAAGUGCUCGGACAAUGACGGUGGAGAAGCAGCAGUGAUGUCAAAGGUCCUCUACGCGCCGUCACUGAAUGGCAAUCCUACCAUUGCCUGCGUUUCGAGCAGUGACAAGUCAGUCCGCCUUUAUUCGGAGUAUGGGUCUCUGAUCGCCCGGGACUGGRGUCACACUGAAGGAAUCACUGACAUGGCCAUUGUUAUGCCACGUCUUUCGAAGGACACUGAGACGAUGGACACCCUGUCGCCGCGCAUAGUGACUGUCGCCGCUGACUCUACGAUCUUUCUGUGGGACAGUAAGGUUACGAGCAGUCGAUCACAGGUACAAACAUCCGACAGCGCAAACGAGGGACAAACUACGCCUACGACUACACCGCUUGGCCCGCCACUGAGAAAAGUAAUCUCUCACUCGGAAAUUUCACGAUUUCGUCGCGAGAAACCCGCGUUCGAACAAAAGUCGCCCUCACCGGUUGCGAAUGGCACCCCGACGCACCCACAGUCACCGCCGAAAAUGCGCAAGAAAUCGUCUAGAAUAGCUCUUUCUCAAGCACCGCGUUUAGAACCCGGCACUCGAUCGAAUUACGACACAAUACGGCGUAAAACUGUGAAAAAUAGAUCACCGUCUCCUCAGAGUCCACCGAAUCCGAGCAAAAGGGACGUUAAGCGGCGACCUUCAUUGGGCGUGACUCUACGUUCGAAGAGCAGCGAAAAUAUGCUCAGCACUCCGAAUGCCUCGAACAACAGCUUCGGAUCAUUGACGGGGUCAACCGAGUCUAUGUGUCGCACCUUGCGCACGUACAGGAAGAAGCUGGCGAAUACUCCCACAAGUGAGGUUGUGUCUGCCGACGCCCUGCGUGAGUUGGAGAAGGAGCUCAAGCUCACCGCCAAGAUCCUUGGAGAGAGGUCACACGAAAAGAACAUCAGUGAGGCGGUGUUGGCCAAGUUGCUGGACCAGGCGACGGAAAAGUUUGCGGGGCUUCUCAACGACCAGCUGAAGGGGAAAGGUGACAACAGGGCCUUGACACCUGCCACAAGCCCGUUACCAGAAAUUGAUGAACAUACUAUAAGCUUCGAACGCUCAGAUACCGCCCCCGGGGCUCUAGAGACGCGUGGCAUCGGAUCGUGA